AUGCACUAAAAUAAUUCAAUGGAAUUUGAAAAUGAAGAUAAUUUAUUGUCAGGCCUUUCUAAAUAAACACCAUCAAAAGAUGGUACAGAUAUGCAACAAAUUACUUCAUUUCAAGUUUCACCUUCUUUUUAAUAAUCUCAAUAAAAACAAUAAGAAGUAAAUUAUUUCAAAGCUGAAUUAACAACAAAUCAUUAUUAUGCAGAUUAACAAUAAAAAAAUAAUGAACUUAGUUUUAGUUUAAACAAUUAAAGUAUCAAACAAGAUAAUUGUUAUUUUCAGCAAAUAUUUGACAAUUUAGCUAAACUUGAAAUGGAUCUUAAUAAUUAGUCUCUUCAUGAAUCUUAUAGUGAAAUUAAAUCAAGUCUCUUAGAUUUUUAAGGAAAAUAUAUUUAACAACUCAACUUUAACAUAUCUGAUUAGGUACCUGAAUAUUAGAAUCAAUAUUUACUCUAAGGUAGUGAAAGUAAGCAUUAAAGAACUAGAUCAGAAGCUACUUAUUUAAUAAGACCUUCAAUUCCCAAAACAAGAAAAUCCGAACAAUAAAAUAUUAAUGAAAAAGCUAUUGAUCCCAUUAUUUUUCAAAAAUAAUGUGAGGAAUACUCAUUAUUAUUGGAUAUUAUCAAAAAUGAUAUUGAAAAUUUUUUAAAUACUGAUAUUAAGGAUUAUGAUUAAAGUAUGGAAUUGAUUAAUCAUUAUUAUCACUUAAAAUUUAACUUAUAAAACCAAAUAUUAGAAAAGGAUAAAAUUAUUUAAAAUCUCUAAGACAAUCAAGCCUAAAUUAAUUUUACUAAUUGUGAAUAUUAAGAGCAUUUUGAUAAUUUAGAAAAAAAUAUUAAAUUUAUCAUAACAGAUAUAAAAAAAUAAUCAAAUGAAGAAUUGAUAUCCUUAGUUAGUCUAAAAAUGUAAGAAUUAAAUGAUUAAAACUUAUAAUUAGAAAAAAAGUUAAAUGAUUCCUAAUUAGAAUAUUAGGAAUAUUCAAAACUAACAAAAUAAUAACUUAAUGAAUAUGAAAAUACUUUACAAUCUUUUUAGCAUUUAGAUAAAUAAAUUUUAUUGCUUACCUAAGAAAAAAAAAGUUAAGAAGAGACUAUUUAAUCAUUAAAUCAUUAAAUAACCCUUUUAAAUAAAAAUUCUGAAAAUGACUAAGUCAUUGUUCUGCGCUAAAAUUUCGAAUAAUUAAUGAAAUAAAUUAGAGACUUUACGAUUUUAUCAACUAAAUUGCUUUAGCAUAUCUAUAAUUAAACAGGCGCAAAUUUUAAUUUACAAGAUAGCUCAAAUUUUAAUGAAUUAUAAUAAACUCUAUAAGCUUAUUUUUAAAAUUGGGAUGAAGGAAACUUCAAAAAGAUGUCAAAAACAUUAAUAGACUAUUAAUCAGAAAUUGAAGUUUAAAAAAAAUAUAUUUGUAUAUAAUACUCUGCUUUAGUUUAAUAGAUUAAAUUGCAAAGAUAGAAGUUAAUGGAAUCACUGUAAAUUUGA